AUGGCCUCCUCAUCACAAUUUGAAGCCGAAAAAGCAGAUAAUCUUGAAGAAAUAGAAAUGCAAUUUGCUGUAAAAGCAGUACAACAAGCAGAAACUUAUUGGUCAUUAUUAGAAAAAAUCAAAGGUUCGAAAUUAAAAUUAACUAAAUAUGAUGAUGAUAUAUAUACUCAAUUAUUAGAAGAUUUUCCAGAAUUUAAACAUAUUGAAAAAGUUAAAAGUAUAAAAGAAGAAGAAAUGAAAAAUCCAGAAGGAAAGAGAAGAUGGAGAGAAUUUUGUGAAAAAUUUAAAGAUAUUGAGGAUUAUAAUUUUGGUACAUUAUUAAGAUUGAAUUCAACAGAUGAAUAUGAUCAAGAUAGUACUAUAUUUGCGGUUAGAAUUCAAUUUUAUGCUAUUGAAAUAGCUAGAAAUAGACAUGAAUUAAAUGAUUGGAUAUACAAGGGUGAAAACAAACCCUAA